CUGUUUUCAGACAGCGGGGAAACAUUUCUUCGCAUUUUAAAAGACUGUGGACAGUGGAGGAAAGUUUAAAUCCCUGCGCUGCCCGGGGGAAAGGUGAGACGGGUGCGACUCUCAUUUCUCUGAUUUCUCUGUUUGUAAAUGACAACAGGCUACAGUGUGGUUUUGAUUAAAAAUAACACACCCAGUAGGAUUUUAACUGCGUUUGUAGUUGUGCUGUUUCGCCGUCCUGCACUGAACUCUGUUAGCAGCAUGUCAGACAAGUGUUGCGCCGAGUAACCAGUUCAUCCAGCUCAGCGGGGAGUAUCGACUGCUGCUUGAUUGACUUCCAGGUAAACCGCUGACCAGGUUUACUGUCGCUUAUCAAAGCCACAUCUGUAGACCCCCGUUUAACAAUAAUAAUGGCUGGCAUGAGCAAUGUCCACAUGAAAACCCUGGAGGACCUCACUCUGGACUCGGGCUACGGGGCGGGAGACUCCUGCAAAUCCCUCAGCCUGUCCUCCUCCAAGUCCAACUCCCAGGCCUUCAUGACGGCCCCUCACCGGGGCAACUGGUGGUACUACUCCGGCUCCAUGAACAGCAGGAACAACAGCUGGGACACGGUCAAUACUGUCCUCCCUGAAGACCCGGAGGACAUCUUCUCCAAGUGUCCCCGCUUACCAGAGUUAGAAGAGUUUCCCUGGACCGAAGAGGAGGUGGCCAGGAUACUGCGUAAAGUGGCCGAGAGCGGGUGCUCAAAAGGGGGACCUCCACCUGUGUUCUCUGCGGAGGCCGUGAGGCGGCUGUCCGCCCUCCUCCGCAGGUCUCUGAUCCGCAUCUCCAGAGAGGCUCAGCGGCUGAGCGUCAUGCACUGCCGCUGCACCCGCUUCGAGGUGCAGAGUGCCAUGAGGCUGGUGCUCAGCUGGGCCCUGGCCGAUCACUGCGUCUCUGCCACGGUCAAGGCUAUCUCCAUGUACAGUAUGAGCGCCGGGGAGCUGCUGAGGAAGGGCAAGUCCGCCCGCUGCGGCCUCUCCUUCUCCGUGGGACGUUUCUUCCGCUGGAUGGUGGACACACGCAUCUCCGUGCGCAUCCAUGAGUAUGCUGCUAUAUGCUUGACUGCAUGCAUGGAAGCUCUGGUGGAGGAGAUAGGAGCCCGGGUGCUGAUGGCCGAAAGGGGUCAUUUGGGGCCGGAUUCGGGGUCAGCAUACGCCCCAGUGAGUGCAGAGGCCCUGGAAGGGGUGGUGAACAAUGAUGCGGAGCUGUGGGGGGUCCUGCAGCACUAUGAGCACCUGAUCUGCGGGAAGAACGCCAGUGGAGUUUUGUCUCUCCCGGCGCAUUUCAGUCCCUACACAGAGAACCAGCAGACGUCUGUGGACUGCAGGGAGGAUGCCUAUGCCCAGCUGGAGCUGAGGACGCUGGAACAGUCCCUGCUGGCUACCUGUGUGGGCAGCAUCUCAGAACUCAGUGACUUGGUGUCCCGCGCAAUGCACCAUAUGCAACGCCUGAGCUCAGUGCGCCCGGGGCUGAGCCCAGCUCGCCACGCCCGUCCCCAACAGCCCGUGUCCUGGUCGCCUGAUGCCCUCCACACCCUUUACUACUUCCUGCGCUGCCCCCAAAUGGAGUCCAUGGAGAAUCCCAACUUAGAUCCCCCACGCAUGGCACUUAGUAAAGAGAGGCCAUUCCUGUUGCUGCCGCCUCUGAUGGAGUGGAUGAGAGUGGCCAUAGUUCACGCUGAGCAUCGCAAGAGCCUAUUGGUGGACAGUGAUGAUGUCAGACAGACUGCCAGACUUCUCCUUCCAGGACUGGACUGUGAACCAAGACAGCUGAAGCCCGAGUGUUGCUUUAGCUCCUUCAAACGCCUGGAUUCCAAAGCUGCCACAGACAAGUUCCACCUCGACUUGGGUUUUCGGAUGCUCAACUGUGGACGCACAGAUCUCAUUGGUCAAGCCAUCGAUCUGCUGGGGCCAGACGGGGUCAACAGCAUGGAUGACCAGGGGAUGACCCCUCUGAUGUAUGCCUGCGCAGCUGGAGAUGAGGCCCUCGUCCAGAUGUUGAUAGAUGCCGGGGCAAACCUUGACGUGGCGGUUCCACCAUGCUCCCCAAAGCACCCCUCUGUGCAUCCCGAUAGUCGACACUGGGCAGCCCUCACCUUUGCUGUGCUGCAUGGACACAUCUCUGUAGUGCAGCUCCUGUUGGAUGCAGGGGCCAAUGUGGAGGGGGCCGCAGUCCGCAAUGGGCAGGAAAGCACGGCAGACACUCCAUUGCAGCUGGCUUCAGCAGCAGGCAACUAUGAGAUGGUGAGUUUGCUCCUGGCACGAGGUGCUGACCCCUUAUCAAAGACCCACGAUGGAAAUGCCCUUACAUCAUCCCUAUAUGAGGACAUGAACUGCUUCAGUCAUGCUGCAGCACAUGGACACAGGAACGUGCUGAGAAAGCUCCUGACUCAGCCCCAGCAAGUCAAAGAGGAUGUCCUGUCUCUGGAGGAGAUCUUAGCUGAGGGGGUGGAGGGUGAGGAGGCUGGGAUCUGCCCUUUCCUCCCUCUCUCCCCCAUCUCUAACCCUUCCUCUGGCCCUGGGGCCCUGCCCGAGGGGGGCAUACCCAGGCUCUGUAAGGCCAGGAUGAAAGCUCUGCAAGAGGCCAGUUACUACAGCGCAGAACAUGGCUACCUGGACGUCACCAUGGAGCUACGAGCUAUGGGUGUACCAUGGAAACUGCACGUGUGGCUUGAAUCCCUGCGUUGUGCCCAGCAGCAGUCCAGGGCAGGAGUCACUCUCUCCCUCCUCAGAGAGUUCACCACCAUCAGAGAAGAGGACUACUGUGAGGAGUUGGUCACCAUAGGCCUGCCCCUUAUGUUCAGUAUCUUGCGUACCACCAAGAAUGAUGCCAUUGUACAGCAGUUGGGGACUAUUUUUAGUCACUGUUUUGGCCCAGCACCCCUUCCAGUUGUCCCUGAGAUGAGGGCAACUCUCUCAGCACAGUUGGACCCUCACUUUCUGAAUAACCAGGAGAUGUCAGAUGUGACAUUUGUGGUGGAAGGGAAACCGUUCUACGGCCACAGAGUCCUGCUGAUUACAGCUUCUGACAGAUUCAAGUCUUUACUGGCAAAUUCUGGAUCAGAUGGAAGCCCCAACAAGGAGAUUGAGAUCAGUGAUGUCAAGUACAACAUUUUUCAGAUGAUGAUGUCAUACCUGUACUGUGGAGGAACGGAGUCACUGAAAACUAAUGUGUCUGACCUGUUGGAGUUGUUGUCAGCUGCUAGUCUGUUCCAGCUGGGGGCGUUACAAAGACACUGUGAACUUAUCUGUUCUCAGCACAUCAACCUGGAUAAUGCAGUCAGCAUCUACAAGACAGCUAAGGUCCAUGGUUCGGUGGAGCUGAGCUCAUUCUGUGAAGGCUACUUCUUGCAGCAGAUGCCUGCUCUGCUGGAGAGAGAGGGUUUCAGGAGCCUGCUUUUGGGACCCCCUGCGGUCCGACAAGGGAGCAACUCCACUUCUACGCUGGUCCACAGCCGGGGAGACUCACCUCUGGUGGAGCUAGAGGCCACCCUAGCACAACGACUACGCUCUCACUACGUCUCCUCCCGAGUCUGAGGACAACAGGACAGAUG